AUGAAAUUCACUCUUUUGCUGUGGAUUUUGCCCAGUAUAUCUGCAUAUCUUUACUCUCUUGAGGAUGUAAAUGUCAAGUGUCCGGCUACCCCUGAAAAAGUAGAAAUACGAGCUGGCGGUCCUUUAAAUGGAUACACACAAUUUUAUGGGAUUCCAGCCGAAUCGGACGAAGACGCUUCCUUUAAUUUAAUAGAAGUUAUAAUUAACACUACCUACAACACUAAAUUGGAAUAUCCUGAAAAUGCGAAAAUCAGUUCGUUUCCAAUAGAAACAAGCGAUGUACCAAAGUCCUGUUACGCUGCCACUGAGCCGCUAAAUCUCAAGGGAGUGAUCUAUUUUGUAGAUAAAAAUUACACUGACAUGGAUGUUUAUCAAAGUAGAGGAAAUAACUAUACUGUUGAGAUCAGCAAGAACUACACGACCGUUUUCUCACGGAAGAGCACUGGAUCUACACUUGGCAGUUUUGUCACAGAUAAUGAUACUUCUUUCGAAAUCCAUUCUGGACUACCUGGCGAUAAUGACAACCUCAUCUUCCAAUAUGACUCUAGCCAAAAAGUUGAUCAACUCUACAUUGCUCAGAAUUAUUUUUAUGUUCUGAACAGUGGCAAACCUUUCAGUUUCACUGUCUCGGACAAAAUAGUGGAUCCCUCUACCACAACUUUUGGACUCAAUGGAUUCAUCAUGUCGCCUAACUUUCCAGCAGCACCACCUGACAGUUACAAAGAUCUGAAUGUCAAACUUGAGAAAAGAGAAGUUGAGAAAAUGAUAAAAGUGAAGGUGUCAGCAAUUCAAUCACCAGAUGUAGAAAAGGCUGGAGAAGAAGGCAUUGUUCUGGACGAAAAACCUUCGGUCACUGUUAAAUUCGGAAAAUUUAUCGGGUAG